CCCCCCCGGCUCCCUCUCGAUUUCCCCAUAAAAGGGUAGCUAUUUCGUCUCUUCCUUUAUUCCCAACAUGAUUCUUCCUGUCUAGUGCUCUUGGCGUGUUUUUUGCCUGCCAAAAGGCGCCCUGUCGUUCAGUGAAUUCGACACUCCCAUCGCUAGCCACUGACCCUUAUUCCCUCGUUUAUCAUUGCUAGUGUGUUCUUGUGGGCUGGUCUCACUAAAAUGACCACUCUAAAGGAUAUCUAUCCGAAGUGCAAUACAGAAUGGGAUGAAGAUGCCUGUUCUGACUUCGUCAACAAGAUUGGGAAAAAAUUGGAGCAGCUCGGACGUAUGGACGAUCAGCAGAAGAUAGACGUCCUGUUCGGUGCUCAUAUGGGGGGUUUUAUCCAACGUCAUGAGCUCACUUACCCUUACGAAAGGGUCAUUUCCUGCAAGUAUCAGAAACUUCACCAGGUUUUAUUUUCUGUUGUUGUCGAAUUUAAGGAGCUGGAUCUAGAUAGGUCGGGUAUGAUGGAGAUAACCCAGAUUCCGAUGAUGGCUGAAGUCGGCUAUGGAUUAGUGUGUGCUGGAUUUGUGAAUUGGUUUCUGACACCAGACGUCAUCGAUGAGAGCUCUGCAGCAUCACAGGUAAACGAUUUUACGGAUCCCAUACAAUUGAAUUCAUCCUGUCCGCCCUCUCUUAUCCAAGCGUCGCCCGCAUCUGUCUCCACACCUGGCCUUGAUGCGGGAUAUCCCACACCCUCGACCAACUCAGUUGAAACGCCGCAGCCGGGGGAGCAACACAUCCUCCCUGGGGUUGGAGCUAACAUAGACAGUCAAGCAAGCGACACAAGCGGGAAUCACAGCGCUAUAGAGAAGCAAGCAACCGCGGCAGAAAUCGCCGACAAUUCAAGCUAUGCCGCUCUCAUUAUGUUGCAGUCUUGCAGCGUCACUCUCGAGAACGAUCGGAUUCAGAAGAUCCUUGAGGCAGAGGCUCACCUACUUGCUUGGGAUCUUGAUAGCAUGUUAAGCCCCUUGUUUCAUCAUUGGGACAGAUAUGGCUCGCUCGAUCUGCACGCCCUUGGACUUCCUGUGCAAUGGAAAGGUAUACAGGCAGCCGUUGAUUACCUGCGUGUAUUGGAUGCAGACGCGAAAUCUCAUAAUCUGAACCCUGUCGUGAAGCGCAUUGGACACGUAUUGCUCUAUUUUAACUACGAGGAGCUUUGCAAAUACCCGGAAAAGUAUUGUCCCACUCCGCCAAAGAAGCGCCCUGCGAGCCACGUUCUCGAUUGCAUCGUUGAUGCAUAUUCAGACGACCCGCGCAUUACCAAGCCUGCAAAGAAACGACGUGAUAAGAUUUCUGCGUUUUAUGUCCGACGAGGGAAAUGGUGGUGGUUGCUUGCAAGCAACUGGGGGGCUGGUAUCCUGCUGGCAGGCGACAGUUCUCCAUAUGAUGUGAUGUACGUAUCCCAGCACAAUCAUCGCGUGGCUUGACUGACUCUCAUUAGGUGUAAUUACACGUUCACUUAUCCUGAGAUCCAAGUUUUCGUCUCAUUCGUCCAGAAGACUCGACCUGGUACUAUUCGCGUCUUCCGAGAUUUGGAGCCAGUAGUUAACCGUCUUAUACGUGGGCGGGUCACGUACGAUCUCCGCAGUUUUCUCCUCCAUAAGGAUUUUGGUCUUCUCAGACCGGAGAAAAUAGUGUCCGCCUUCGAGGAUGAUGAGAGAGCCCUGGCCUUCCAAUGGCCUGAAACCUCCUGGAAGCCAGUUGAUAUCCAGAAGAUUGCAAGUCAAAAACUGACCGAGUUCCUCAGCUAACGUUCUGGUAACGUAGCACUAACUCAACAGCCACCUCAUUCCCUUCUAUCUACUUCCAUCGUCUUCCCCUUGAUGCUUCAGUCGUCAGAAAGCUCCAUCUCGUUCAGCAGUCCCAUCUACACUUCGCGUAUCUGUAAUACUCAUAUAUCACUCUUAGCUUUCAUGUAUUUGAUUCUUCUUUUCCCGUCAGCUUCCUUCAGCUACAGGUUAAUCCCUAUAUUCUCAGCCAGAGCAAUGGUCGAAUACAGUAAGAGCACACUUUAAUACAUUCGUGAGGGCUCCACAUAUACAAGCUGCCAUGUUUGAGACACC